AUUUUUUUUUGGAGAUAAUUGACAUUUCAUUGCUUUCUCUGACCUGAUUGUUCCUGAUGUUGGUGGACAUGCCAUGCAGAUUUCACUCUACGCGGUCUCGCCUCUUCGACGCGACUUCAUCGCGUCACCUCAAGAAGUUUCCGAACCUUGAUAUGACAUCAAUCGCGAUCAUCAACAACCACAGCAUAACGAUACCGCAGACAAACCUUCAAGAUGGGUAUUAAGCAGUUGUUUCAGAUAAUUAGGGAAGAAUGCCCAGAUGCAUUCAAGGAGGGCGAGAUCAAGAAUCAGUUUGGCAGAAAGGUAGCCAUCGAUGCCUCCAUGUCUAUUUACAGUUUCCUCAUCGCGGUCCGUUCUGGCGGCGAAAUGCUCACGAACGAGGAUGGCGAAACGACCUCUCAUCUUAUGGGCAUGUUCUACCGCACUCUGCGAAUCGUCGAUAGUGGUAUCAAGCCGGUCUACGUAUUUGAUGGCGCACCACCAAAGCUCAAGUCCGGCGAGCUAGCAAAGCGCUUUCAACGUAAGGCGACUGCCACUGAAGGUCUUGAGGAAGCCAAGGAGACAGGAACAGCAGAGGACGUGGAGAAGUUCUCGAGACGUACGGUCAGGGUCACAAGAGAGCAUAAUCAAGAAUGUCAGCGUCUGCUGAAGUGUAUGGGUAUUCCGUACAUUAUUGCGCCUACGGAAGCAGAAGCUCAAUGUGCGGUCUUGGCUAGAGCAGGAAAGGUUUAUGCUGCUGCAAGUGAGGAUAUGGAUACUCUAUGCUUCGACUCUCCUGUUCUUCUGCGACAUCUCACAUUCAGCGAACAAAGAAAAGAGCCGAUUCAAGAAAUCUUCCUUGAUAAAGUUCUUGCAGGAUUGAAUAUGGAGCGCAAGCAGUUCGUCGACCUCUGUAUCCUCCUAGGCUGCGAUUACCUCGAUCCUAUCCCCAAAGUCGGUUACCACACUGCCCUCAAACUCAUCCGCGAAUACGGUGAUCUCGAAUCCUUCGUGGCAGCAGUCGAGAAAGGCAAAGCCAAGUUCACAAUUCCUGAAGACUGGCCAUAUGCCGAUGCUCGCGAGCUGUUCUUCAAUCCCGAUGUCCGACCCGCUGAUCACGCCGACUGCGACUUCAAGUGGGAUGCUCCUGAUAUCGAUGGCCUCGUCAAGUUCCUCGUCGAAGAGAAGGGUUUCAGCGAAGAUCGUGUUAGAGCUGGUGCUGCUAGGCUACAAAAGAACUUGAAGACCAGUCAACAAGCUAGAUUGGAGGGUUUCUUCAAGCCAAUUCCUAAGACUGAGGCGGAGAUUAAGAACUUGAAGCGAAAGAACGAGGAGAAGAACGAGGAGAAAAAGAAGAAGCUGAAGGAAGAGAAGAAGGAGAAGGCCAAAGCUAAGGCUAAGCCAAGAGGUACUGCUUAAAUGUACGAACGGCGAGGGAUGUUGUUGCAUUUUCUUUGGAGCUUGGCUCGGUCGGCGUUUUGGUGUUCAGACGAAAGAAUGGGGAUAUUUGACGGAGAUCAGCGAGGACGGGCUAAUAGCUUGCUCUUGUAAGCUUUCUUUUCUGCUUGUAAAACUUUUCCACGAGCGAUGGCAUAGAGCCAAGUGAUGAACAAUAAAAUGGACC